CUCUCUCUCUCUCUCUCUCUGUUUUCGCCUCUACUUUUGUUUCAACGGGCGACGAUUUUCGAAACCAAAACAAAAGUAUUCGUUUCUGAAGGAACGGUGGUUCCUUUGGUGUUGAACUAAUUUCAUCGCUUCCUUCUGCUCCACUUCGAUUCCCGCCACUUCCUUACGAGAAGAGGAUUUUUGAAUUUUGGAGAUGGUUCUAGGAGUAGAUGGAAGAGGUGAAACAAGAAGAGUGUUGUCUUGAAAAUAAGCAAUCUACGGCGGCUUCGAGUUCCUCUGUCUCUGAAGGUAGUGGUAGCGCAACUGCUAAGUCUCCUGGGAUGUGUAGUCCAGCAUCAACAUCUCCUUCUCGUCGGAGAACUAGUGGCCCUAUUCGCCGAGCUAAGGGUGGUUGGACUCCGCAAGAGGAUGAGACGUUGAGAAAUGCUGUUGCAGCUUUUAAAGGGAAACAUUGGAAGAAAAUAGCUGAGUACUUCCAUGAUAGAUCAGAAGUUCAAUGUCUGCAUAGAUGGCAGAAGGUUCUCAAUCCAGACCUCGUUAAAGGGCCGUGGGCACAGGAGGAUGAUUAUACAUANAUUGAACUGGUAUCCAAGUAUGGGCCUACCAAAUGGUCUUUGAUAGCAAAGUCUUUGCCAGGUCGCAUAGGGAAACAAUGCCGAGAGAGGUGGCACAAUCAUUUAAAUCCAGAUAUAAAGAAGGAUGCUUGGACAUUGGAAGAGGAAUUAGCCCUCAUGAAUGCACAUCGGUUACAUGGGAACAAAUGGGCUGAAAUAGCCAGGGUUUUACCUGGAAGGACCGAUAAUGGGAUAAAAAACCAUUGGAAUAGUUCCUUGAAGAAAAAAUUAGAUUUCUAUCUGGCAACCGGGAAGCUUCCACCAGUUGCAAAAAAUAGUUCCCAGAAUGGUGCUAGAGAUGCUACUAGGACUCCACCUAUUAAGAACUUUCCUCCUCAUUCUAGCAAAGGGUCGGACUCAACUGCCCAAACAUCAUCAGGUAACACAGAUUUCUACAAAUUGGACGGAAGUAGCAAAGACCAGAUUGAGUCUUCAGCACCUCCUGAUGAAGAUGUGGUUGCUUCAACGAGUGGUGUUUUGAAUGAGUCUGCUGAUUCUAGACAUGUCAAAUGCUGGCCAGGACCUUCAAAUAUUACGAAUCUAAGAGUUGGGAAAUCUGGGUCAGCACGAAAGAAUGGGACUAAAACUCAGGGGGAAUCAGACAGUGAGAUUAGCAAAUUAGAUGAAGAUAAAACUACACGAACACCUUUGAGAUUUGAAUCUCCAAAAUAUGGUUCAUUGUACUAUGAGCCACCUAAAUUAGAAAGUCGUAUUCCAGUAGAUUCAGAACUUUUAAGCAUAUACAUGCACGAGACAAAUAGUAGUUUAAUUACUUCGCCUAUUGGUAUCUUCACUCCUCCUUGUGUGAAGACUAGAGACUUGAGUAUACACAGUCCAGAGUCGAUAUUGAGAAUUGCAGCUAGAAGUUUUCCCAGCACUCCGUCAAUAUUACGAAAGAGAAAGACAGAAGCUCAAACUUGUUUACCUCUUAAGCAAGCGCAGGACGGAGAGACGGAAACAGUCAAGGACAUCUCCCAAGAAUCCAGACCAGAAGAAACACUUAAUAAUAGUGACAGCAUGUUGGGUUCACCAAAUGGAAGCUUAUGUGACAGUCCUAGUAUUGAUCAUAGCCCCAGCAGGUCAAACAGUAAGGCCGUCAAUGCAUCUCCUCCAUACCGGUUAACAUCCAAGCGAACAGCUAUCUCAAAAUCUGUGGAAAAGCAACUAGAGUUCGCAUUUGACAAGGAGAAAAACAAUCAUACUAUCAAGUCAGCAUAAUCAAAUUGGAUCUCAUCCAGAUUGAGAAUUCCUUAGCAAACAAUAUGAUGGCAAAAUCUGAACUCCUCAGCGAUGGAAUGCCCCACUCCGGAAAGUUUAUAUCCAGAAAAAAAUGGUGUCCAUAUUUUCAGUGUUUAUUGAAGCAGCAACCGGUAUCGAAAAUUGACUAUUUGCUUAGAUCCUCGGUACAUAUAUUUUUGAACGUUUUUAUUUUUUACAAUUGCAGAUAGGCCUAAGGUUUUGAUAUUUUUUAGUGUCCACGAAAACAUGUUUCAUUAUCUCUGACCAGUUUCGAAUGGCUAAAAUUCUGAUAUUUAUGGAAUAAAUUUUGAUUUUUUUUAA